AUGGCAGGCCACGCAUUUGCGCUCAGGAGGGAAUUUAUUACAGGACUCCCCAAGAUCUCUUCAUCUUCAUCAAUUGCAGAUAUGAGAAUAACCGAAUCUCAAAAGUUGAAAGUCCUGGUGGCCGCAAAUGGAAGUAAAGAUGUCGCACAAGCUCUCGCCCUCAUCGUGAGGUUAUCCAAGAAUCCUAAAAUCGAAACUCGAGCGAUUAUUGACGAAGAAACGUGGCCAUCAUAUCGAUUAUCCCAAGAGACACUGGCAUACCAAAAUAAGAGGUUCUUGACGAGGGAGACAGAUGAGGCAAGAAAGGGCAUAGAACGAGAUCAAAUCGAGUAUUUUCGACAAGAGGCCUUUGAAUUGUGUGACUGGGCAGAUAUACUAGUACUAGCACCUAUCGAUGCCGACACGUUUGCGAAAAUGUUGCACGGCAUAACUGAUUGUCUAUUGCUCGAAAUUCUCCGUGGGUGGGACGUUUCCAAAAAGAUAUUACUUGUACCAGGAAUGACAACAUCUAUGUGGGAGAACCCGAUCACGAAGAAACAAUUGAAUAAAGUACGGAGAAAGUGGCAAUGGGUCCGAGUGAUGCAACCAAUACUGUGGCACUAUGAUGCGAAGGGGCCAGGUAAAUGUUUCGUCGGGUGGGAUGGAUUCAGCGAACUUGUCGACGUUAUCAAAAAUCAAGCAGAACUUUUGACAAUUGGACAUGAUGUGGAUAUCGCAGCAUCUGGUGCCGCAAGUCUCGCAAGAUAUAAUAUGAAAACGGAUGCGCUCCUUCCACCAGAAAUCUGGUCCCUCAUUUUCGAAUACGUAGGAGAUUGGGAGGUUUCGAGAGCGCUCAACGUAUACGCCAAAAUACCGAGGCCAAUUGAAUGGCAGCGAAAGUCUGACGAUACAAAAGAUGAAUUACAAGCUUACAUGCGAUCACUCGAAUGGAUUAUUCUUACAUCUCCCGUCUACAAAAUAAUCGACAAACUAAAUAGAGCCCCCGAAAACAUGCGAGAGCUCUCUCCACUAUGCGUUAAACUCAUCAUCAAAUUCUGCCUUACGGAAGUUCUCUCAUAUCUGGAAACAAAACUAAAGGACGUGUUUUGGGCAACUUUUGGUCAGAAAUUGUUACCCACAAAAGCAUCUGCUGUUUAUGGACGUACCGAAAUUCUAGAGUGGUGGCGCACAUCUCCUUCCUUCUUGUCCAAGGAUUAUACUGCGGAAGCAAUUGAUGGAGCCUCGAAAUCUGGAUAUGUCCAUGUUCUUGAUUGGUGGAGAAAAUCUGGACUCGCUUUGAAAUACACAGAAUUGGCACUGGAACAGGCAUCUUCUAAGGGUCACAUGCUAGUCCUUGAAUGGUGGAAACAAGCAAGUCUUCCCCAUAAUGAAGCCGAAAGACGAACUCGACAUGCAGAAGCUACAACCAACACCUCUGAUGUUCUUCCAGUUUUACAACUUAAACCUGGUAAAGCUCUCUUAGCCGCAGCGCAAAACAACAAAGCUCUUGUUCUUCGAUGGUGGGAUAAUUCUGGUAUCCCUAUCGCGCAUUCGGAAUCCGUAGCUAAAGUUGCAUCGGCUCAUGGACAUGUCGCAUGUUUAGAUACAUGGCGUGAACUCAAGGGCGAGAAAUUAGCAUUUGAUAAUCAGGUUUUAGUAGGUCCUACGAAGAAUGGCCACGUAGAAGUUCUGGAAUGGUGGGCAAAUUUGAGUCAUGGUUCGGAUGGAAGACCAGGAGGAAGAGUCGAAUAUAAAACAUGUGAUAUAGAGGAAGCGCUUGAAGAUAGUGUAGGAAAUGAAGGAGAGGAAUUGGAGGUUAGAAGAUGGUGGGCGAAGAUGGGAUUGAAUCUGGGGGGAUCGGUUAGUGAGUGGACGAGGGUGAAGGUUUUGUAA